UAUAUUGCACGUGUGUGUUGUACUAUUUCGUGCGUCUUAUCAUAACCAGAUUCCUAAAAGAACACGCGGCUAUAAACGAUAGGUGGAGCAUAGACCUAGAACAUACUACUGCUACUACUAAUGCUGUGCUGACGAAUCGACACAUGAUAUGCAGGCAGACGCAACGGCGUCAACAACUACCGGGGCGUCCCAAGAGAAGACCCUCGCUUCUGGGAAAACCCGAGAUGCGAUAGCGCGCAAAACCGCGACAGACGGUACCUUGGUGGCUUCUGGGAAUGACCGAGAUGCGAUAGCGCGCGAGACUACAAUAGACAGUGCGUCGGUGGCUUCUGGGAAGAACCGAGAUGCGAUAACGCAGGUGGCUGCUGCUGUUAGCGGGGUGUUCACCGCUGCUGCUUCAGACGUGUGCUAUAGUGACAUAGAGACGGUUGCGCGUGGCUGCGACACCGACAGUGGAAGUUAUCCACGAUCCCCACGUGUUACCGUCCGCGUUAGCGACGGUCGUCGACGGACGCGACGACAGCCGACGACGUUUGUGUCGUCGGCGGAUAGUUGCGGUGAUGCCGACGUGGUGGUGACGUGCCGCGAGAGCGAUCUUUCAUGCGGAGCAGUGUUUCGCCGGGAUGCCACAGAUGGCGCCACGAGCGAUGAUGAUGUGCGUGCGAUGACUAGUGUGGAAGUUGAAGAGGGAAUAACCGACAUUACUACUGCUACUGUUGCUGCUACUACUAUUGUUGCUGCUACUACUACUACUACUGCUGCUACUACUGCUACUAUUACUAUUGCUGCUGCAGAGCGAGAGAGCGGGAACAAAGCGGGGUGCGACGUUAGCAGAAACAACUCAGGCUUCGCUGACUGCACGAGUUCUACAGAGACGAACGACCCAACGGAUUCUCACGAACGCACCCGUGAACGCACAAGAACGGAUCAUACGGAACACAUGCGUGAACGCACAAGAACGGUUCAUACGGAACACACGCACGAACCCACGACGAAAACAGAUCUUAUGGAACAUACGUCGGAUCCAGCGAAAACGUUUGCCCGAGAACACGCACAGGAACCCAACAGGAUCACUCGCCGGGUAUGCUCGAACCCGGAUCACGGGAGAACGCAGCAUCCCGCGGAAGAUGCUAGCGAUCUGGCGACGAUCCGGGAAAAUCCGGAUCCGACAUUACCGGCGGACGGAGAAACGGCCGAGUGCGAUCUGGCGACGAUCCGGGAAUAUCCGGAUCCGACAUUGUCGGCGGACGGAGCGACGUCGACAGAGCUGAUCGCAAUCGACGUCGGCAAGCUGACGGCAGAAGAGGAGAGCCACCGCAACCACGCCCUCUGUAUCCGCGCCAUAGCCACCUGGCUGCGUACGAUCGGCAACGAAAUCGACUCGAUGGGAGUGACGUCACCGGCGUCGCCGCAAUACGGCGUUCCUAAUUGGUGGGAUAAGCACGGGAAGGGAAUGAGGUGAUCGUCGAACCGGUGCGUGGCGGCUACGCCUAUUGUAUCAAACAAUCGCUAAAGAAUUGAAAAACAAUAACAUAAUAUGUGCGUGUAUAUUAUAUAUAUACAGUAUAUGUAUUUACAGUGAUACGCACCAGCCACGCUACUAUUUCUAUUGUGACUAUUAAGAUUGUAGCUACGAGUACUGUAUCAAAGAAUCGCUAAAGAAUUACAGGACAAUAAUAAGUGUGUAUUAAUAUAUAUAUAUUUACAGUGAUACGUGCAAGCUACCCUGCUAUCUCUCUAUUUUAUGACUAUUAAGAUGGUAGCUGCUGUGCGUGUAAUCUAUGCAUUGCGCGCAAGCCCAACAUUUUGUAAUAACUUCGAUCUCUUUCUACAUUUGAUAUUGAUUAUCGAUUGACUAAUACUGUUUAUCUCCCGGUUGGCAUGCGGAAAGUAUUUAAUGUGUAUGGACACGAUAGUAUAAAAAAUAAAUAUAGAAAAUAAAUAGUAUUUAAAUGUGUAAUAGACACGAUAGUAUAGCCUCAAAUCAGUAACGUCUUAGACUCAAAAACGCAAUUGUGUAUAGUUUUUAUUUAUUAUUUUCACGAAUUGAAUGAAAAAUUCAUAUAAACCCAUAAUCAUAAUUGUUAUGGUAGUUAACUACAAUGUAGUUUUAUCAUUUCUCAUUAAAGAAAAUUAUGAAAAACUAUAAUAUACGAAUAUAAAAAUCCGUAUUUCUAUUUAGUAUUAUAUCUUGACGCUUACCAAGUUCACAGUGAAGCUUUGGUCUUGUGUGGUGUGUUAUAUUUAUUGAUUUGUUUAUGUAAUUCCGCUCGAUAGCUUUUAUGUACUUAGUAGGAGUAGACACAACUACGGCAUGGUUGUAUACGAAAGGAUGGGCUUGAGAAUGAAUUGUGUAAGAUAAAAUAUAACGUUUUAUUGAGAAUUUA